AACUCAAUAAAAAUGGCACCCACCCAAGACAAGCAUAGCUCUCAAGAAUUGCUCCAGGCUCAGGUUGAUCUUUGGCACCACACAUUGGGAUUUGUCAAGUCCAUGGCACUCAAAUGUGCAAUGGAACUGCAAAUCCCUAACACCAUCCAACAACAUGGUGGGUCUAUGACCUCUUCUGAGUUGGCCACGAAAAUCGGACUCCAUCCCUCUAAGCUUCCUUGCUUACGACGACUCAUGCGUGUGCUCAUCGUGUCAGGCAUCUUUGUUGUCCAUGAAGUAGCCUCACCGGAUAAGGAUGUUAUUUAUGGGCUUACCCGAACCGCAAACCUCCUCAUUAGUGAUGAAGUUAAAUCAAACAUAUUUCAUAUGUUGUCUUUGAUGCUUGAUACAACUACCAUUGCCCCCUUUUUGAGCAUGCACUCAUGGUUCCUAGAUAGGCAUUCCAUGUCCCUGUUCAAAAAGGCUCAUGGCCUUGAUGUUUGGGAGAUGGCUGACCAAGACAGUAGUUACAACCAGCAAUUCAACAAAGCCAUGGUUUCUGAUAGUAAUUUUCUCAUGGAUAUCAUCUUGAGGGAGUGUGGUCAUGUAUUUCAUGGCAUAAAUUCACUUGUUGAUAUCGCUGGAGGCCAUGGUGGAGCUGCUAGAGAAAUUGCAAAGGUGUUCCUGCAAAUGAAAUGCAUCGUAUUGGAUCUCCCUCAUGUGGUUGUAGAAGCUCCCAGUGAUGCCCAUGUGUCAUUUAUUUCUGGCGACAUGUUUAAGAACAUUCCACCAGCGGAUGUUGUUUUCAUGAAGUGGGUUUUCCAUGGUUGGGGCAAUGAAGACUGUGUCAAGCUGUUGAAAAAUUGCAAAGCAGCUAUCCCUCCCAGAGAAGCUGGUGGGAAGGUGAUAAUCGUUGAUAUGGUAGUUGGAUCUGGGCCAAAUGAGAUUGUAACAAGAGAGACACAGGUUUUGUAUGAUCUCCUUAUCAUGUCUUUUGAGGGGAUUGAGCGAGGGGAACUUGAGUGGAAGAAGAUAUUCAUGGAAGCUGGGUUCAGCGAGUACAAAAUUAUAUCAGUGCUCGGAGUUAGGUCUGUUAUUGAGCUCUACCCUUGAACACUCCAUAAAAAAAAUAUGGUAAUCAGUAUUGUAUGUUCAUAAAUGGGCAUGAAACAUCAUGUGUGCUCUCUUGUUGCAUGACUUUGGCCUAGUAUGGUGAAUAGUGUACUACCUUAUUGUAUUUUUGUGA